AAGUGGAAAGAGAAAAACAAGACAAAAAAUUGUUUCUUAUAAUGAAACAGAAGAAACAUCUACUCCUUCAACUAUUAAUAUUGAAACGAAUAGUGAAACUUUAGAAAACCUUCAACUUGAAGAAUUUCAAGAUAAUAAUGAAACCCAAAUUUCUACUCGAGAAAAUACUAUUG